AUACACGCCUUAUAAACUCCUUUUUCCAUCCUCUUAAUUCCCUUCUCUUUUUCUUCCAUUUUUUUCUUUCUCUAAAAAUCCCCCCCAAAAAGGGGGCCAAAAAUCUCCAAAACUAUGAGCAGAAAAAGAAUACUCAGGGACAUUAUCGGUAUUUUCAAAGACAAAGCAUCCCUUAUCAAAGCCAACUUUUCAACAAAACGCAGCGUUUCAUCAAUCCAAGUCACCGUCAUACGUGCCACCACACACGCCUCCGCAUCUCCACCGCGGAACCAUCACAUCGCCGCCAUCAUCUCCGCCGGGGACCACUCCCUCCCGGCCAUUUAUGCGUGUAUCGAUGCCAUCAUGAACCGGCUUCAUAGUACCCGUAAUCCGUACGUUGCCUUAAAAUGUCUAUUCAUUUUUCAUAACAUUAUGGCUAAAGGUUCAAAUUUAUACAAAGAUCAUGCAUCAUUUUUCCCUUCCUCCGGUGGCCAUAAUUCGCUCAAUCUUUCGGGAUUUUACGAUACAUCCGACGUCGAAACACGACAACUUUCGUCGUGGGUACGGUGGUACGCUAACGUCCUUGAACGUAACAUGAUAACGUCUAGGAAAUUGGGUUCAUAUAUUUCUCCUUCGUCAAGAUUAUCGAUAAAUUUCGAUAAAAUUGAGAAUCAUAAGGAAAAUAAUAUUGGUUUUUCUAAUUCCGUAACGGAAAUGGAAUCAUUGGUGUGUUUGGUGGAAGGAAUUUGUGAAGCGCCUGAGUCACAAUAUUGUCAAAAAAUUGACUUAGUUCAUGAAAUUAUGAUAUUAAUUGCGGAAGAUUAUCGAUCGACUCAGUACCAUAUAAUGAUACGACUCGUUGAGUUAUCGGACCGAGUUUCGUGUUUGAGUUACCUUGAUUUGUCCGAGUUGAUUUUGUGUUUGUCAAGGCUUGAGGGAUGCAGGAAAAAAUUGAAUGAAUUGUUUAUAAGAAGAAAGAAUGAUUUGUUUUGGGAAAUGGUAAGUCAAAAGAAAAUGGAUAUGGAAAAGGUGAAAUAUGAAAGGGAAAAACAAAGUUUAUUACUAUGGAAUGUUGAUGAGAAUUCUGAUGAGUUAACUUGGUCAUCACAACAAAGAUUUGCAGGAAAAAUUCAACAAUUUUUGAUUGCUGCUGCAUAGAAGUCAAUUGGGGACAGGUGGGCCAGAAGCCUAAUUUUGACCGUUAGCCUAUUUGGAGUUUUCUAUGUUUGAAAUAGUUGUGAAUAUGGUUUUCAUAUGUGAAAAAGGCUCAUUUUUGUGUAUGGAAUGAUGGCAGUCCUGUUGUUUGAAACUGAUGAUGUUCUGUACUCAAUGUGAAUACAAAUAAGUGAUCUUAAUAUUCCUCCGUUCAAAAAUAAUUGUUCAUUAUUGAUUUGACACUUAAAAAAUAAUAAAUACU